CAAAAAUUGUGGAUUUACAUUUGUGCAACAAAACCCGAAAUUUAGGAUUACCCAAAUUUCUACAAGUGGGGGUUAGAUUCGGCACCUCAACCUUCCAUUUCUGUAUCUAAACCUCCUUUAUUCAUUUUCCCGGGAAGCCACACAAUUUAUCCAAAUUUCCCGCAAUUCUCUAACAAUAUGCAUCAAAACAACAUGGACAAAACACACAAAUAAAGAUUGGAAAAAUCAGGAAGUCAUCAGAUUUCUUCCUCCUUAUAUAAAUGUUGAUUUGGUUAGUAAAAGAUUCAAUGUCAAGGAGUUUGAGUUCGAGUUGGAGCUUGAGCUAGAGUUGUACAUGCAUAAAAAGUUAGUGUAAUGACUAGCUAACAAAACAUUGUUACCCAUGAUUAUGAAGAUUAUUUCAAUCUAUUUAUGAUCAAUUGGAUUGAAAUUUCUAUUUCUUUCACAAUUUUGCAGAAUUAAAAGCAAAGGAUCAAUACUCGAAUUCGAUCGAGCUAGGUUUAGGUUGUUAGGGAAGAAUUGAUACACAAAUUUACACAGUAUCAAUCAGAAUUUGGAAACCCUAGAUAGUAGGGUUUCUUGAUUGAUACUGUGUUGUGGGGGGUGGUUUCUAGGGCUGGCAUCUUUGCCUUUUGAAUGUUGAGGUGAAUUCUGGUGUGGUUUAGAAAAUGCAUGAUUAUUUUAUGUUGGAGAUGGAAGAGAAUAUCAAUGGGGUUCCUCCUUUUAAUGAUUGGGAAGGAUUGGUUGUGGAGGAAUUUGAGACCAAACCAAUUAUUGAAACUCAUGAGUUUGAUGCUGCUCAGUUUGAAAGGAUCAAUAUUAUUGAUGGGGUUAGCAUGAAUGGCCUAAUGAAUCAUGUAUUUUCAGACAAUGAUCAACCAAAUGUGGCAGCCAUGGAAAUUGAGUCCAAGAAAUCUUCUUCUUCAUCUUCAUCACCACCUGAUGAUCAUCAUCAUCAUCGCCACGAGGUUGAUGAAUACAAGAAAAGAAGCAUUGCUGAGAGGAGAGCUGCAAAAUUUGGUUUUGAUGCUUCAAGAAUCAAUGUUGCUAAGUUCAAAGCUCAUGUUAGUCCUCCAACUUCGCCUCCUGUCCGGUCGCCUUACCUUACCAUACCUCCUGGACUUAGCCCUGCUGCAUUGCUAGAUUCUCCAGUCAUGCUCCCAAAUUAUCAGUACUUUUUCUUUUGCUUAGGCACAACCAUCGCCGACCACUGGAACCUUGCAUUUUCCUCAAUCCAACCACGACAGCUUCUUAUCAGUGCUUAACUCCACUAGUCCGGCUGUAGAUAGCAAUGACAAGGACAGCGUAAAUCAUACAUCUGCUCUCUUUACCGCAACAAUGCCAAGUAAACCUAGUGCCGAGAAUAAGAUAACUACAGCUUCUAAAUCUCCAAUGGAGUCUGCAAAAGAAGAUGACUCUCUGAAGAAUUCUGCUGCAGAGACAUCUCCAGAAGCAAAAAUUUGCGGGAAGAUGAGUACUCAAAAGGCCAGUCACAAUAAUGUGCAAAAGAAUUCCACCAAUACCAUCAAAGUUCAAUUGCCACCACUUAGAGAUAUCAAAGCAGAAACAGGAGUAUCACAAGGAUCAAUGCCGGAAGAGCAUAAAGGAGCAUAUAGUACGGCUGCAGCUGCAGCUGAAUUAUCGCGGAAUGCAGAAGAUGGUUACAGUUGGAGGAAGUAUGGACAAAAACAUGUUAAAGGGAGUGAAUAUCCAAGAAGCUACUAUAAGUGCAAUAACUCUAGCUGUCCUGUUAAGAAAAAGGUUGAGCGUUCUCAUGAUGGCGAAAUAACCGAAAUUAUUUACAAGGGAGCUCAUAAUCAUCCAAAACCUCACCCUCGGAUAAACCUGGCCGGUGCUCCAAGUACAUCAUGUGAAAUGAUGGACACAAGUGAUCUAGGGAAUGAACCCUCUAAUAGUAUAAAAUUGGAAAGUGGUACAGGUUGGAAAUAUAGCAAUAAUCAACUGAUCAGGGGUAGGGAUGUUAGUAGAGUUGGUAGUUCAGAUUGGAGGCCACCUGAUGGCUUGGAAAGGACAUCGUCAACUUCUGUUUUGACAGAGAUGUUGGAUCCAUUAAUGGGGGCUGUUCAAGGUAACAAGUCCGCAAGUUUACUAGGAUCUGCAGUUGACACUACAGAGCUUACUUCAUCAAGGAUAGCCAGUCUAGAUUAUGGUGAAGAUGAAGAUGGGACAACGCAAGGAAGCACGUCGCAAGGUGAUGAAGCUGAUGCUGAUGAAUCGGAGCCUAAAAGGAGGAAAAAAGAGGCCUACUCAACAGAAACAUAUUUACCAUCAAGGUCCAACCGUGAACCAAGAGUUAUCGUCCAGAUAGAAAGUGAGAUUGAUGUGCUUGAUGAUGGUUAUCGCUGGAGAAAGUAUGGGCAAAAGGUGGUGAAAGGAAAUCCAAACCCAAGGAGCUAUUACAAAUGCACAAGUGCAGGAUGUCCUGUAAGGAAGCAUGUUGAAAGAGCCUCAGAUGAUAUCAAAUCAGUACUAACAACAUAUGAGGGGAAACACAACCAUGAAGUGCCAACAACCAAAACCGGUACUGGACUACCUACUGGUACCUUCAAUUCCCCUCCUGAUCAGGCCGCGUCCAACCAGAAUACUGCCCUCUCAGUGUCAAGAAAUCCAAAUGCGCCUAACCGCGAAAUGAAAGUUCAAGAUCUUCCACCACUUCAUUAUGAAAUGAAACCAGCAUUAGGAGGGGACUUCUUGAGGCCUAACUUACUUGGUGAUUUAGUGAGUGACAUGCAAAUCAGACCUUCUUCCAUAUACCCAUUGAAGUUCCCUCCCACUCCUCCUUUACCAAGCAACAUGCCAUAUGGUUCUUACAUGAUGAACUCAAAUGGCGUCGAAUCAUGCCAGAAAUUUCCGCCAGUAAUGCUAGAUUUUCCAAUGUCCAUACCAAUGAAUGUGCCUAGACCCUCACCAAAUAUGGCUCUAAACAACAAUUUCCACCCUUAUAACAACCAUAACCAUGCAGUGCAAAACAGCACACUUCUUCAAUCUUCUUCCAUUGAAGAUCAACACAUUAAAGAGUCAGCGGGUGAUCCAAGAUUUCGCAGGCCUAAAGAGGAGAAAAGGGAUUACUGCUCUGUAUCUGAAACCUGCCUUCAGACAAAUCCUGAUACUAACUCAAAUAUUACAUCUUCCACAGGAUUUUGCAGGGCCAUGGGAAAUUUUCCUUCUCAAUAAUCAAGUUUCCUUUGUCCAGUCUUAAAAUUUGCCAUUUAUCAUUAGUGACAGGAGCAUGUCUACUAUGGAUUUUGCAACUUGUUGGAAUCAAGGCAUACUAGAGUAAAGGGAUGCAUCAUCAUCAUCUAAUGAUAUAAUUUCUUUCUUGUUUUCAUGUUUCUCUAUUGCUAGAAAUAGAAUUCAAGGUAGAUUUUGAUCUUGUCGGCUCUAAUUGAUGCCAGCCAGUUCUGUAAUUAGCUAAAUGGCUUCUGAUUUUAGCAGCAGAAAAAAAUGUUGAAACAAAUACUAGCCCGUGUUAUUUGCUUUUCCUUAUUGAGUUUUUCCCUAAAGAUAGUUGAGAAGGUACAUAAAUCACAUUUUGUGUGUGUGUGUGUGUGUUUGUUAUUAGAACUUGGAUGCUUUCGAUAUACAGAAACUCUUGAGCCAUCAAUCGAGUUUCUGAACGCAAGUUAUGCUCAAAAU